AUGGAGAAGGCUCCGGAGAAGGAGGGCUCCACGGAGAGUGGACAGGGCCUCUGGACCGUGUGUAAUGUGUCAGCUCGCGUCUGUGCCACCAUUGUGCAGCUGAUGCUGGAAUGCAGGGAAGGCGCUGGUUUACUGAAUGAGGAGCCAUGUAAAUUCCAGCUGUCAACAUGUGAUCAGUCCUUCGGACAAAGAGGGAGGUUUUCUCCUUACCCACAUUUGAUUUCUAGUCACAGCUACACGUGUUCCCUGAGUUCUUCUGCUGACCACGCUGUGUCUCUGGGUCGCCCUUGGUCACCCCUCCCUUCUCAGACUGCCUCUACAGGUUCAGUACCUGGCUUGUGA